AUGGACGCUACGAAGGAUUCCGCCCAAGCCUUUCAGGGGAUGCUUCCACUGCAACCCGGCAACGUGGAGGGCAACGAGAAGUUCCCCAAUUUUUGUUUACACGCGGAUGCCCAAUCUAGCGACGACUGCGACUGCAACCAGCAGCAUCGCUACCAAGAGAACAAAGAAGGCUACUACGUCUACCAGACAGAUCUCAGCAUCAACAACAAUUCUAAUCAGCAUCAUCAACAUUUCCACAAUUCUCCAUCUGCUUCAAUAUCGGCAUCAUCUCGCUUAUCGUACAUCUCCACCGUCUCGGCCUCGGCUUCAUCUUCAUCCUCAAGGAUAUCUACCGCUUCAUUCGAGUCACUUCCUAUUACCCCAAUUUCCGUAUUCGAGGCCUCCCCACACACUCCUCGCUCUUUGUCCAACAGGCUCUCCUCGCCCGUAACUGGAUUCAUCGCCCGUCGUCGAGCAUUCACACAGGAUUCUUGUUCGCUCUCAUACUCUCCACCAUCUUCACCGACCCCGCGCACAAGGCGGGACAAGUCACAACUGCAUGCGGCUCGAGUGCAACGGUCAGGCAGCAGAACUACAAAUACAACAUUUCUUCUAGGUCUUCAGAUAGGGAAACAGUCAACCAAUUCGCGAAGGUUCCCGCCCAGCGCAUCUACUCCUGCAGACGCUCUUGCUGCUGUUGAGCCUCCACAUGACCAGAAGUUGACGAGAAUGGCUUUUGCAGAGCAGCAAAGAUGGGUCACGGUCCAACAAAAGACCUUCACAAAAUGGCUCAACACGAAGAUCGAGGCUCGAAACCUUGAGGUUAAAGACCUCGUGAAAGAUCUUAGCGAUGGUGUCAUGCUGAUUCAUCUCCUCGAAUGUCUUUCACACGAGUCGCUCGGUCGUUAUGCCUCGAAACCCAAGCUUCGAGUACAAAAAUUUGAGAAUGCGAACCUGGCACUUGACUUCGUCAAGUCCAGGGGUAUUCAAAUGACCAACAUCGGUGCUGAGGAUGUGGUUGAUGGUAACCAAAAGAUUGUUCUUGGUCUCAUCUGGACCUUGAUUCUUCGAUUUACCAUCAGUGACAUUAACGAGGAGGGCAUGUCAGCAAAGGAGGGUCUCCUGCUGUGGUGUCAACGGAAGACGGCGUGUUACGACGAGGUCGAGGUGCGAGACUUUAGCGCCAGCUGGAACGAUGGUUUGGCGUUCUGUGCUCUAUUGGAUAUCCACCGACCCGACCUUAUCGACUAUGACGCCCUGGACAAGAAGGAUCAUCGAGGCAACAUGCAACUAGCAUUCGAUAUCGCACAUAAGGAGAUUGGCAUCCCUAAGCUGCUUGAUGUGGAAGAUGUGUGCGACGUGGCCAAGCCCGAUGAACGAUCUCUGAUGACUUAUAUUGCAUAUUGGUUCCAUGCAUUCUCGCAAAUGGAAAAGGUCGAGAACGCUGGACGUCGCGUUGAAAAGUUUGUCAACAACAUGCAAGGGGCAUGGGAGAUGCAAAGUGCCUACGAAAGGCGGAUGCGGGCGCUCUUACAAGCCAUUCAAGAGCAGAUCGAGGUGUGGAAGCAGGCUACGUUUGAAGGAACAUACGCCGAUGCCAAAGCUCAAUCAAACCAGUUCUUUGAGUACAAAAAGGGUAAAAAAAGACAAUGGGUCGCCGAGAAGAGUGACCUGGCAACGUUGCUCGGAAACAUCAAGACCAAAUUGGGGACUUAUCGCCUACGUCCAUACGAUCCACCAGCGGAGUUGAGCCUGGAUGCUCUCGAGAGGAAGUGGGCAGAGUUAGCAUCAAAUGAGAUGACACGUGCCCAGCUAAUAAACGAGACAAUCCGAGACAUCAAAAACGCCCUCCGCAAAUCUUUUGCUGACAAGGCAAAUGAUUUUGCAAUGGCUCUCAAUACCAUGCAGUUGGCCAUCUCUGGCCUUGACGGUGACGUGGAAGACCAACUGCACCAUGUAAGGAAGCUGAGUGAGAGCCUUUCUCCCUUAGACCAAUACUUGGACAAAAUUUCAGAGCUGGAUCAGAAGUGCCAAGAGGCCAAUAUUGAGGAGAACGACUUUACUACCUACACAUACGACGAACUGUCAUACGAGCUUGGUCUUGUUAAGACUUCGGUGCAGAAGAAACUUGCGUUUUUGGAGAACCAGAUGGUAGCGCGAAGCAUGACAAACCUGACCCCUAUCCAGCUGGAAGAGUUUGAGAGUGUUUUCCGUCACUUCGAUCGUGACGACACAAACUCUUUACAGGAACUUGAAUUCAGUGCGGCGCUUGCGUCACUGGGGCUUGUGUUCUCAGAGGACGAAAUGCACGACUACUUCCUCGAAACAUCUGGUGGGCGCGACUAUGUAACGUUUGAACAGUUUAUCCGGUUCAUGGUGGAUGUGACAGAAGAUCAGAACACGGCAGAACAAGUCUUCCAGUCGUUCCGCGAGGUGGCAGACGGAAAGCCAUACGUGACAGAGAUGGAUUUACGACACAGCUUGGUGCCCGACGAAGUGAUUGAUCAACUUAUCGAGAUCAUGCCGCCUCACAGUGGGCCAGACAUGUCGGAGGACAGAGGAAUGCCACAGUACGACUACAUCUCCUUCAUGGAGAAGUUGAUCAACGAUCAAAAUAACCAGCAAGAGAACCCAGAAGCUACACAACAGAAUAGGAGCGACGCUGAGCCACAAAGCCCUCACACAAACGGGGUCUAGGAGAAACAGGGUGAAGACCCAUGGCUAGAGAUGCACGCAUCAGUUCAAAUGGAACUGAGUAUGAAACUUGGCAUCACGAGUCCGAAAAGGAGGGAGGGGUAAAAUAUGGAGAGAGAACGCUGGCGAGAUACAGUAUACUUACAUGUCCCUUUUUAAUGAUGCAUCGCCUAGUGGCGUUUUACCUUGUGCUGGCGAAGACGGGGGGUGCAUUUCACUUACGGUAAAUAAAUAUCCCAUUGACUUAUACCAGAGAGGGGUUGACUAUUUGGUGGGAGCGAAUGGAUGGCCGAUCAGGAUAACCACACAUUAGGCGUCCAACCCAGCUUUCUUGGGGGCAUCGCCGUAGGAAUGUGUCUCUUUUUUAUUUUCUCCUUUUUAGUUAAUACCACCAAGAAUCAAAGACUUGAUAGACCGAAGAUUCUGUUUAUUUGUUCGAUCUGCUGUACACUCAC